UGGAGUGACCAGGAGUGACUCAGUUUCGUUUAAUAGGAAUAAUCGAUUUUAAUAACAUUAAAUACAAAUUAAUUAAUUAUUGCGUUACAGUCGACGCAUGGAACAAUAAACGCCGAUUCGUAAGUAAGUGAUAAUGGAGAGUUUUUCAUCGUACCAGAAUGGGAGUUCUAAUAGGGAACAGGACUUCCAGAAACUGUCCCAGACCAUUGGAUCAAGUAUCCAAAAGAUUUCCCAAAAUGUGUCCUCAAUGCAAAGGAUGGUCAACCAAGUUGGCACCAAUCAAGAUUCACCAGAAUUAAGGAAGCAAUUGCAUAACAUUCAACAUUACACCCAGCAACUUGUAAAGGACACAAAUGGAUACCUCAAAGAUUUGCAAACGGUUCCUUCAAGCGUAUCGCAAUCCGAGCAGAGACAGAGGAAAAUGCAGAAGGAGAGGUUGCAAGAUGAAUUCACGUCUGUGCUGAACCUUUUCCAGGCCGCUCAGAGGAGCGCCGCGUCGAAAGAGAAGGAUCUGGUUAAUAAGGCUAGAGCUCAGGCGUUCGGCGACCCAUUUCUGCCGCCUUACAAGAAAGAUAAUCAAUUGAUUGAACUGCAGGAUAGCAGUGCUUCGAGGCAACAGCAGCAAGUGCAGUCGUUACAGGAGGAAGCUGAUUUGAGAGCGUUAGAGGAGCAGGAGCAGUCCAUUAGGCAACUCGAGAGCGAUAUUAACGACGUGAAUCAAAUAUUCAAAGAGCUCGGCGCUAUGGUGCAUGAGCAAGGCGAGAUCGUCGAUAGUAUCGAAGCGAGUGUCGAACAUACCGAGCAUUACGUUUCCGAGGGUGUGCAUCAGCUGCACGAGGCCAGUAACUACAAGAAUAAAAUUCGCCGAAAGAAAGUGAUCAUCGCGUUGAUUGCUGCAAUCGUUUUAACUGUGAUUAUUCUAAUUAUCGUUUACAGUCGCUGAUGGGAAUACGUUGUUCUCAUUUUUUUAAUUAUUUUUCUUUCUUAACAAAAAUAUUGGAGUAAACGUCUUUUACUUAUAUUUAAUAAUAUUCGGCAAUAUUUUAUUUAUAUUAUAAUAAUAUUAUAUCUUAUAACCGAUUGCUUUCAUUUAGGUUUUAGUGUAUGUAUAUAUACAGUGGAUUUUAAUUAAUUUUCCGUUACGCAAUUGCUCGGUGAAAUUAUAUUUUUGUAUUUUUUAUCCUUACUAUACGAGUAUUGUUCAUAGCGAUUUGUUAUCCGAUUAAUUGAUAUAAGUGUUAACAGAACUAAAACUGAAUUAUAGAGUUGUAACUAAAUUCGAAGAUUUAUUUAUAACAUUAAGAAACUAAAAAUAUAUUCGUUGUAACAAAACCA